CCCAUUGGUACAUGGUGUAUGAUUAUCAAUUUUCACAAGGUUGAGAAGUUUAUUAUGUAAGGCAAAUCAAUUUAAUUGAGUCAGUAUUUUUGGAAGUUAGGGACUUCAUUGCGGAAAACGAAAGCAGGCAUUGAUUAGGAUUAAUGACAACUGAACAAUUAAAAUGGAGGAAAAAUUAACAGAGAAAGAUAUGGACCAACUCGAGCAAUGGAUAGGUACAGGACCUAAAACAUUCACACGUAUUUAUUCUAUCACACGUGAUAGUUGUGACCCUGAGAUAUUCCACCAGAGAUGUGACAACAAGGGUGCAACCGUCACAGUUUUGUACAACAAACACAAUUCGGUAUAUGGUGGUUAUACUAGUGUCAGUUGGCAGUCAAAUACUCGCGGUUACAUGAAAGACGACAAGGCGUUCUUAUACCAGCUGAGGUAUAAUGGGAACGACACUAUCAAUAAGUUUCCUGUUAAAUCGUCGAAAAAUGCCGUUUUCCAUAAAAGUGACUAUGGACCCACCUUUGGAUUUGACCAUGACCUGUUAACAUUUUAUCAGAAAAGUAUACGUUUGACUAAAUUCUGCGGUGGCGUAUAUCCAUUAAAUGGAACUAUGGAAGACUUUGGAACUGGGUAUAUCGCUAACGGAGUGUCUGUUAAGCGAAUAAACAACGGUACAAUGGAAGUGACUGAACUUGAAGUUUACUUGGUAACAGAUGGUCGCAAGAAAGAAAAGCAGAAAACUAUUUCGGUCCAGACAGAUAUUUCAGCGCAGAAGCAGAAAAUACCUUCACAAUGGCGAAAAACUGAAGACUGGAACGAAGAGUUUCACAAUGAACUUCAAGAAGAGAUAGUAAACUUUAAACCUAUACAAGAUUUGAAUGUAAGCGAGGCUCGAAUCUUGAUGUUAGGGCCAGUUGGUGCUGGAAAGUCCAGCUUCUUCAAUACUAUAGAUUCAAUUUACCGCGGGCGAAUCACACAGCGAGCUGGCAGCGGAAGUUCAGAGCACAGUCUCACCACUACAUUUGUUCCAUAUUCGAUUGUAAUAAGUUCUGGGGCUACCUUGAACUUCCGGUUGUGUGAUACACGUGGUUUAGAAGAAACUAUGGGUAUUGAUGUACUGGAGUGUAACUAUCUACUUGAUGGAAACAUACCGUACUACUACGAGUUUAAUCCAACGAAACCAAUCACCCCGGAAUCGCCUGGGUUCAAAUCUGACCCCACUGGGAAUGAUCAAGUUCAUUGUGCUGUGUUUGUAGUGGAUUCUACAACAUUAGAGGUGUUGUCAACAAAGAUUGUUGAGAAAAUGAAAGGACUUCGUGGACUUAUGAAUCAAAAAGGAAUACCACAACUUAUUCUCCUGACAAAGGUGGACAAGCUCUGUAAUGACGUUCAGAAGGACGUGUCUCAGGUUUUCUACAGUUCAAAAGUGGAACAAGCUGUAGAUAAAGCGUCACAACUUCUCGGUCUUCCACGUGCUAACGUACUUCCGGUGAAAAAUUACGAAAACGAGGCUGGGCUUGACAACAACGUUGAUAUACUUGCUCUGUUGGCUCUGCGUAAAAUGCUUCAUUGUUCUGAAGAUUUCAUGCUGAACAUGAAACACAGGGAGCAAGAUGUCCAAGGGGAAAUGGGAAAAUUGAAACUUGAAAAGUAAUUUUCAAUUCUUAUAAUAACAAUUUAAA